UUCUGACAAUCCAUUCCCCUUCCCCAAUUCAAAAAUCUCUAAUCUUCGUCCGCCUUCAUCAGGAAGAGAGAGAGAGAGAGAGAGAGAGAGAGACAGUAAGAGAGAGAAACGGAGGCCUCUUCUUCUUCUUCUUCUUCUUCUUCUCAGAUUCGUUCAUCGAGGGCGGAAUUUUGAUUCGAUUUUGGACCGGAUUGGGGAUUUGGCUCGGGCGAUAUGGAGGAUUCGCCGUCGCCGUCGAGGACGAUGCCGUCUUCUUCGAGGUACGUCAGCUGGGACGAGGUGGCGGUGUACAGAGAAGGGGGGAGCAGAGUCUUCCAUUACUACCUCAAGAGGUCCGACGGGAAAGCGGAUUUGGCCGUGGUGGGGAAGGAGAAGAUGCCGUAUCGCUGCGUUCUUCGGCGGCGGUCGAUGAUUGGUGUCGGAGAUCCUGGCUCCAUCGCGAAGAAGCUCAGGAGUCGAACGGAUGUUAUUGAUUGGCUGAACUCCGUCGUCUCAGGCCCGCAAUCUCAAGAUCACUAUGUGGAUGGUAGAUUGGAGUCCAAUGUGUAUGCCAACAAUUGCAUGUUAACUCUGCGAAAUUCUCAGUCAUUGAAGCUGGGAAAUUCAUCUGAAGGGUUUCUAUGGGUAGGCUCACCAUGGACGUGCAGAAAAAUGCGUAGGCAUUAUCCAUCAUUCCAAAGGCGUGGUGUCAAAAUCUCUGUUCAUGACUUUGUAUAUGUUCUAUCCGAGGAUAAUAAACGCCUCGUUGCUUACAUAGAAGAUAUGUUUGAGGAUUCUCGAGGCAACAAGAUGGUUGUUAUACGAUGGUUUCAUAAGGUUGAUGAGGUUGGCCUUCUUUUAUCUCGAACUUCUAGUGACAGAGAGAUUUUCUUUUCUCUCUGUCUUCAAGAUCUCAACAUUGAAUGCAUUGAUGGGAUGGCUACUGUUCUUGGCCCGCAGCAUUUUGAGAAAUAUAUGAAUGAAGUGGGCAGUAGUCAGGUGGAACCAUUUGUCUGCUAUGAGUUGUUUGACGAUGAUGAGAUCAAGCCUUUUGACAUAACACGGGUCAAAGGCUACUGGAAUCAACAAAUAUUUAAGCAUAUCUUUCCUUUAUUGCCACCAAAGCCUCAUUUGAAGCCUCGGCUAGUUGAACCUUUGGAAGAAGUGAGGAAGAAUGCCGAUCAAGAUUCUAUGGGGUUAAGACCCAGAAAGAAGCAAAGACUGUUACAACCCAAUGCUGCCGAGGAACAGUGCAAAUCGAAUGAAGGUUCUGCUGCUGCCCGGUCUGAGAAGCCGGUUAGGGAAAAUCCUCCACUUCUUUUAUCUGUAGGUUGUGCAAUUGAGGUGCUAUCUCAAGAUAGUGGCAUAAGGGGUUGUUGGUUUAGAGCUUCAAUUAUCAAAAUUUCCAAAGAUAAAGUCAAAGUGCGUUACCAAGACGUUGUAGAUGUCACUGAUGAAGCAAACAAACUGGAGGAAUGGAUCUCAACUUCCAAAUUGGCUGCUUCAGAUGAAUUAGGCCUCAGGUUCAAUGGGAGGAGAACCAUUAGACCAUUGGUGAGAUCUAAUGAGGAGAAACGUUUACAUGCAAUUGGUGUUGGGACAGUUGUUGAUGCGUGGUGGUGUGAUGGAUGGUGGGAAGGCAUCGUGGUUCGAGAAGAGCAUGGAGACAGAUUCCAUGUUUUCUUCCCAGGAGAAAAGCGAGACGCGGUCUUUCCUCUAAAAGACCUUAGACCUUCUCAGGAAUGGAUAGGAAACAGAUGGGUUCUUGUGAAGGAUCGGCCAGAAGUUCUGACUUCAAUGGUCCAGCUCUUGCAGAGGAAACAUGUUGGUGAAGUGAAUUCUGAAAAUGGAGCAGGGUUGGAAUCUCCUCAUUCAGACACAAAAGAUGCCAUUAUAAACAAGCUGCAGGCAGUUCGAGAUGUUUGCAAGGAUACCAGUCUUGCCAACUUGAAGUGGAAGUCAUCAGGGAAGAGAACUUACCGCAGAAGGAAAGCUUUCCUGAAGGAACAUCCUGAGAGUGAGAAAGUAAGCGUACGCGAUGUUGAAACACAUGUCCUUGAUGAGUUUCUGAUCCGCCCAUCCUUCAAAGUUGAUAGAGAUAAAUGCAAGUUCAUCAGUGAUUCACUCUUCAAUCAUUCUGUCGUGCCGCCUCUCUCAAGCUUGGUUAUGUCCAGAUGAAUGUAGGGUUCUCUCAAGUUUGGUUCGGUUCUGUUCCUUAUGGAGGUUUGGCGUAUAUGUCUAGCUGACAUAUAUCUCAUUUGGAGACGACUCAUGAAGUUAUAGUAUACGGUCUCACAAGUGUAUAAUAGGAUGCAUCAAAUCGAUGCUUACUACCUUUCGAGAUAUAUAUGGGAUUCAUUGUUUCUGACAUAGGUAGUUAGGAUUCUCACCUGUUUAGCCUAGUAGGCUGUUUGUGUAAACCAUGCAGAAAUUUUGGGUUCAGCAAUAGAAUAACAUCUUGGUCUGACAUUUAUGUUU